AGUCGUUCGAGUUGGGUCGACGAUUAUUUACGAUUUAUAGUUAAAACUUUAAUUAAAGUAUGGCUUAUUUGAAUAGAUAAUUGGGCUUAAACUUCGUCGGCCCUUUCUAUUCCAUAUAGUCACCUAUUUCCUAUCUAAAUACCGCGAAGGUUAGGUUAGGAACCGCCUGGUAAUAAGUACACGUAUGCAGUGUUUCUGUUUGUGAUUUAGUCCAGUUUGGCUUGAAAUGACGUGAAUCUUCUUCCGAAAUAAAAUAAGGUCAAGAUGCUUCCCCUAACACAGAAAGAUACUCGAGUUCCGCGGGGCACUUUGGGCGGAAUAAGAGAGAAAAUUCAAAACUGGCUCAGGUUGAUAUAUUCUGAUAAGAAUUCAAGGAAUUUAUUUAUGUUUCUUCUAUUGAAUUUAUCAUUUGCAUUUGUUGAGCUGUUCUACGGUGUUUGGACCAAUAGCUUGGGCCUGAUCUCGGAUGCAUUCCAUAUGUUCUUUGACUGCACUGGCCUGGUGGCCGGGCUGGCAGCGUCUCUGGUCUCAAAAUGGCGGGCAAACGAAAGGUUUUCCUACGGCUAUGCAAGGGCUGAAGUCUUAGCCGGAUUCGUAAACGGAUUGUUCCUGUUAUUCAUUGCAUUUUUCAUCAUGAGUGAAGCUGUGGAAAGAGCAAUAGAACCCCCUGAGGUAAAACACGAGCGUCUGCUCCUCGUGUCGAUCCUCGGCUUCCUCGUGAACAUGGUGGGCAUAUACGCGUUCCACCACGGCCACGGGCAUGGCCACGGCCACUCGCACGGCGGCGACCACGGCCACUCGCACAACAACCACGGCCACGGCCACUCGCACGACGACCCCGAGGCGCCCACCGGGGCCGGCUCCGCUAUCAUGCGGGGAGUCUUCCUACACGUGCUCGCAGAUACGCUCGGCUCAGUCGGCGUCAUCAUAUCCGCGAUCCUCAUGCGAAUGUUCGGCUGGAUGCGAGCGGACCCCAUCUGCUCGAUGGCCAUCGCUUUGCUCAUCGCCGCGAGUGUGAUACCUCUAGUGCGGGACUCCGCGGGAGUUUUAAUGCAGCGGACUCCAAGCUCGAUAGAGCGGUUAUUGCCCAAUUUGUACACACGAGUAGUGGGGCUAGCGGGCGUGCACGCGGUGCAAGAACCGCACUUCUGGACCCUGUGUAGUGACGUUCACGUCGGUGCUCUGAAAUUAGAAGUGGCUCGGGAGGUCGACCCGAGGUACGUGACCGAGCAAGCCGCGCGGAUAUUCCGCGAGGCCGGAGUGAAACACCUCACCGUCCAACUGGACUACUCGCCCCUUUGAUCCUAAGCUUAAAUCACAAAUGUACAGUUCCACAGAGUGGAUGAGGUUUUUAUUGUAUAUAGAGAAUGUGAUCUACUGCAACUAUCCGUGCGUUGUGCGAUAGCAAAUUAUUACAAUUAAUUUUUAUUAUAUAUUUAUUCAUAGUGUUGUGAUAUAGGAAAAAUCUUAUGUUUUUUUACCUUUUAGCCUAGGCGCAGACCAUCAACUUUUAGUUGGCGGAUAGUUGUACCCGAUUUUAAUUUGUAUGAAGAAUCGGCCGAUACCAAAUCGGUGUAAUGUGCGCACUUCCAUACAUGCCCAUACUGAUUAACUGCCCGACUAAACUAUCGGCCAACUAAAAGUCGGUGGUCUGCGCCUAGGCUUAAUCGCCUCCGAUAAUUUUGAGUCAAGUGUAUUUUUGGCGAUGUUUGGUGUAUUUUAAUACAAACGAAAUAUUUUUGUUUUAAUAAAUAGGAUAGCAGUCAAAUAUCGCCUCAUUUUAAAUAAUUCUACUUUAUAUGUAUUAAAACCUAUCUAAACUUUUUAAUUUAAGUAAUGUUACGUUUUAUAGUUCUUUUAUCUUUUAUGAAUAGUAUAAUAUUCCUUAUAUUUUUACUUCAAGAAUUUAUUUUAUCUAGAGUAGCUGCUUUGUAUUAAUGAAAUUGGUUUUAAAAUGCAUUUCUGUUGAUACACAUUCCAGUAUUCCUUUUAUAGUAGUGUUGAAAGUUGUCAUCGAAUCGAAUGUCCUAUUAUUACUUGAAUUGUAACAUCUAACAUUAAAAUGAACAUGUAAAUGAGUGUAUAAAGUCCGUAAUUUGAGAGAUUAUUAUAAUUUGACAGUAGUAAAAGAAGCUAUAACAUGCUUACAAAGGUCUUAACCUUUUCAACGCCAAUAACGGAUACAUCCGUACAUCAGGUUGACCGCCAACGACGGAUUAAUCCGCCUUAAAAAUGAUGUCAGUAAAAAUGAUGUGAGUAAUAAGUAAAGUGAAUACUAGUGAUUAUAUUGAUAUCGUAAUUUAUCAAGCGUGGCGUCUGAGUGAUGGCUUUUGUAUUUGACGUGGCGCUGAAAAGGUUAAGAGCUGCAGAACUCUGAAUUAAAAUUGAGAAACAAAUAAAAUCCUUCUUAGGAGCGAAGAGAGUUGAAGUCAUACUUAUUAUGUUGAUGAGACAAACAUUAAUGCCUGAACCGUAAUUUCAAAUGGGAUCUGUUCAUCACUUUCACUCAUAUCAAGAUGUUCUCAUGAGUGACAGCGACAAAUAGACCCUAAAUUAUGGAAACUGCUUGAUAAGUUUUGUUGAAAUGAGUUGAACGUCAAAUUCUUUCUUCACUCUAUUUCUUGUAUUGAGGGUUUUCGCGAAUGACAAAUCCGCCAGAUGGCAAUACGUAGACGCGAGGUCCAAAUGCUGCAUGAUUGGUUAUUUUUGACAUGACAUUGACAGAUAUGUCAAAAUCCACCAAUCACGCAGCAGUAGACCCCACAUCCACGUCCCGCCAUCUGGCGGAUCUUUCAUACGAGAAAACCCUCAUUGAAGUAUGCCCUCCCUAACUGGCAUUUUCGCUAUUGUAAUUAGUAAUUUUAGAUCCUUAUCCUUAGACCUACUUGAGUGAUUUUGAAUCACCAACAAAUUAUAAUAAAAAACAAAUUGUAUUUCGUGUAAUAUAGCUUAUCUAAAUCCAAGUUUUUAUAGUGUAAAGAUCUCGGAAUCGCGAAAGUUUUAGUUUAUAUUUCUAUGGGUUGAUAUACCCCUUCCCUUUAAGUCUUGGCAACCAUAACACCUUGCGAUUAAUCACUUGCAAUACCAUUGCUCGGCAGAUUCNGCAGAUUCGAGGUUUUAUUAUUAUGCAUCAAUUAUGUUUCGGCAUUUUUUAUCUUAUUCGCCCACCGAAGCGAAGAUAUAUCCCCUAUUAUUUGUCAAUGUGCAUCUACCGUAACAAAUAGAAAAUGUUUAGUUAUAAAUAAAUAAUGCCAUUAUUCCUUAACAAGUGAAUGUGUCAGUGAACGGGUUAAUUAAUUAAUCUUUCAUAGACAAUGCCUUAGCGACACACUGUUCAGCGGCAGUUGUCAGCGAAUAUACAUUAAAAUAAAAAGUUUUAUACGAACUUAUUAAAUUUUAUUAUUUUAAGUUAUUAAACACGUUCGGUGACACUUUCACAUAAUAAAAUAUUAAGGAAUUCGCAUUUAUAAUAUUAGUAGGACUAUGUCUUACAUAAUAUUGUUCUUUUAAAGUACAUUUUAUUGGAUAGCCAAAGCAAUGUACGCAAAAGAAACUUAAGGUCACACGAUUUUAUUGUAAACAAGUAUUCUACUUUUUGGCCCUUGGAGGCGAUAGUAAAAUUUAAUUUAAUUGUUCGAACCCCGAAAAUAAAAUAUCUAUUUAAUUUUA